AUGGCUGCGCACGUAACUAUGCUUGCGCGCGCAACCACCUCAUCAUUAGUCCUCCUUGUUCUUGCUUUUGUGUUAUCUAUUGUGGUUACAUCAUUUGGUUCACCAGAAUCUGAUGCUCUUUUAAAGUUCAGGGAACAGCUCGCAAACAAUGAGGCUAUUAGCAACUGGAAUCCCUCAGUGAAUCCAUGUGAUUGGGAUAGAUCAAACUGGGUUGGUGUGCUUUGUUUGAAUGGAAGCAUUUGGGGUUUGCAACUUGAACACAUGGGACUCAGCGGUAAUAUUGAUUUGGAUGCACUUGCUCCCUUGUCUUCCUUUCGAACGUUAAGUCUUAUGGACAACAAUUUUAAAGGUCCAUUUCCCGAAAUCAAGAAACUGGGGAAGUUAAAAGCAUUGUAUUUGUCAAAUAACCGAUUCUCAGGAGACAUUCCUGACAACGCAUUUGAAGGCAUGGGUUCAUUAAAGAGACUGUUUUUGGCAAAUAAUCUGCUUACAGGGAAGAUCCCUUCGUCGGUUGGUACCUUGCCUAAGUUAAUGGAAUUGAGGCUUGAAGGAAACCAAUUUGAGGGCCAAAUGCCCAAUUUCCAACAGAAGGGUAUAAAGACAGCAAAUGUGGCCAGCAAUGACUUGGAUGGUCCAAUCCCAGAAGCCCUGAGCAGUAUGAGUCCAAAUUCAUUUGCAGGCAACAAAGGACUAUGUGGACCGCCUCUAGCGCCAUGCAUACCCUCUCCACCACCUUCUACCCCAAAAGCCCCUGGGAAGAAAUUUAGCAUUCUAUAUAUUGUAAUCAUUAUGCUGAUUGUGCUGCUACUGCUAGCAGCCAUUGCAUUUGCUUGGCUUUUAUUUUCCCCAAAAAAAAGGGAAAGACAAACGCAAAGGACGACAUCAUCGGCAGAGAAUUCCAACAAGAUGGUGGCUUCCUACUAUAGAGAUGUACAUAGUGAACUGCCGGAGAGUAGUUCGCAGCCAAAGAAGAAUGAUCAUGGAAAGUUGUCUUUCCUGAAGAAUGAUAUUGAUCAUUUUGAUUUGCAAGACUUGCUUACAGCCUCAGCAGAAGUUUUGGGGAGUGGGACAUUUGGAUCUUCAUACAAAGCUGUUGUCCUUGGACAACCUGUGGUUGUUAAGAGGUAUCGGCAUAUGAACAAUGUGGGGAGAGAAGAGUUUCAGGAACACAUGAGAAGGCUAGGGAGGUUGAAGCAUCCAAACUUGCUGCCUCUUGCAGCGUAUUAUUAUAGGAGGGAAGAGAAGCUUUUGGUUACUGAGUUUGCCGAGAAUGGUAGCUUGGCUAUUCACCUUCAUGGAAAUCAUUCGACGGAAGAAGAUGGACUUGAUUGGCGUAUCCGCUUGAAAAUCAUCAGAGGAGUAGCCAGGGGUUUGGCUUUUCUCUACAAUGAGCUUCCUAUUAUUGCUCCUCAUGGACACCUAAAGUCUUCCAAUGUGCUCCUUGACGAGUCAUUUGAGCCUCUCUUGACAGAUUAUGCUCUAAGACCUGUGAUCAACCCUGAACAUGCCCACAUGUUCAUGAUGGCUUACAAGUCACCUGAGUACGCACAGCAAGGCCGGUCAUCGAACAAGGCAGAUAUAUGGAGUUUUGGCAUAUUAAUACUGGAGAUGUUAACUGGCAAGUUCCCUGAGAACUAUCUAACACCAAGUUAUAAUAGUGAUGCAGACUUAGCAACUUGGGUUAAUAACAUGGUGAAGGAAAAGAAAACAAGUGAAGUGUUUGAUAAGGAAAUGCUGGGAACAAAAAAUAGCAAAGGCGAAAUGAUAAAACUGUUGAAGAUUGCAUUGAGUUGUUGUGAAGAGGAUGUAGAGAGAAGGCUGGACAUUAAUGAAGUCGUUGAUAAGAUUGAGGAAUUGAAAGAAGGAGACGAUGACGAAGAAUGUUUAGGAAGUGAAGGGAAUGCAUUUAGUGUUGGAGGGAAUGAUCAGGAAGGUUUUUCAUUCUCAAUGGAUCGAUGA